CUCGUCGCCGCGCUGGCAGCUGCCUCCCCUCCUCUUCGUCGACAACGGCGACGAUGGCCACGAUGACCAAGACCGUCGAACGGCCUGGCUCUCCCUCCCUGCUCGACAAAUUGGACGAAAUGGUGCCCGCACCGCUCGCGCAGUUCGACGCUUUCCCCAAGGUCCCCUCCUCCUACAAGACGCGCUCAGAGUCCCGUGGCUUUCUCACUCUCUUCGUGGCGUUCGUGGCUUUCCUGCUGGUUCUGAACGAUAUUGGAGAGUACAUCUGGGGCUGGCCGGACUACGAGUUCGGUGUUGAUACCGACCAGACCAAUGCAUUGGACAUAAACGUGGACAUGGUGAUUAACAUGCCCUGUCAAUUCCUCAGCGUUGAUCUCAGAGACGCGGUGGGCGACCGACUGUUCCUCAGCGAUGGAUUCCGCCGCGACGGUACGAAGUUCGACAUUGGACAGGCCACCUCGCUGAAGGAGCAUGCGGAAGCACUGUCCGCGCGUCAAGCGGUCUCGCAGUCGAGGAGCUCCCGCGGGUUCUUCGACGUCCUUCUGCGGAGGGCGGCCGUCCGGUACAAGCCUACCUACAACUACCAGCCGGACGGAAGUGCAUGCAGGGUCUUCGGAACAAUUACCGCAAAACGCGUAACUGCAAACCUGCAUAUCACCACUCUGGGGCACGGUUAUGCUAGCCAAACGCAUGUUGACCACAAACUCAUGAACCUCUCGCAUGUGAUUACUGAGUUCUCUUUUGGGCCCUAUUUCCCGGACAUCACUCAACCACUCGACAACUCAUUCGAGCUCACCUCUGAACCAUUUGUCGCAUAUCAAUAUUACCUGCAUGUCGUCCCGACCACCUACAUCGCUCCGCGCACCAAGCCUCUCAACACCAACCAGUAUAGCGUCACUCAUUACACUCGGGUUCUGGACCACCAUCGCGGAACGCCCGGCAUCUUCUUCAAGUUUGACUUGGAGCCCAUGAAGCUCACCAUCCACCAACGCACCACCUCAUUCGUCCAGCUCUUCAUUCGAACCGUCGGCGUCAUCGGCGGCGUCUUCGUCUGCAUGGGCUACGCCGUGAAGAUCACAGGCCACGCCGUCGACGCCGUCACCGGCGCAGACAAGACGAACGGGAUCGUCGCCGCCGAGUCCUCCGGGAUCAGCGGCAACCUGCGCAAGAAGUUCGGCUCGGGCGACCUCCGCCUCCGCCCCUCGACCCGCGUCGUCCGCCAGGGCAACUCCUGGGUCGUCGACGGCGGCAGCCCGUACGGCAGCUACGCGGGCACCCCCGUCUCCGCGGGCUUCGGCUCCCCGCACUCCGCCGCCCCCAGCCCGUACGCGCCCUCCUUCCCCGGCAGCCCGAACCUCGCCCCGGGGACCCCAGGGGGCAGCGCGACGUACGGCCUCGGCCUCGGCUCCCCCAUGCUCAGUCCGCGCCCGGCGCCGCCCUCACGGCCAGUCUCGAUGGUCGGCGGCACCCCAGGAUCGCCGUUCCCCCCGGCCGCGACCGCGGGCUCGCCGUACACGCCCAACGGCUCCGGGCUGCUGUCGACCCCGGGCACCCCGGGGCUGUAUGCGCACUUCCCCCCAACGCCGAAUACUGCGAACGGCGCGGGCGCGUUUGCGUCGCAGCAGGCGAAUGGGCCGCCUCCGAUGGCGCGGCGGGCCGACAGCGGGAAGAAGGACGAUUAGACGCGUCGAGGGCGUGGGGAGGACCUGGGGAGAGAGAGGUGUGUGUGCUAUACGUAACCGGUGUGGGUUGUAUGUCUAUAUCGCUCUGGGUAACGUUCGUCGUGUUUUCGAUCGUACAGUCUGCGCAGUUGUGCGUGCGUGGGUUGCAUGCCUAUGCCUUCGCGCUUCGAGAACCUAGUUUUGUGUUCUCGGGACCCG